AUGGGGAUGAUGAAAGGAAUAUUUUACCAGAAUGCACUCCUCCCUGCUAAAGAUGCUCUAGAAGCUGAAAAGAAGGCGAAGCAGGGCCGAGACGAUAAGUCUAAAAGACAAGAGGAAGAGAUCUUUGAUCCAAUAGGUGCUGAGGUUGAACAAGUUGACGAUUGGAUGGAACCAAUAAUCAACUUUCUCAAACACGGUCGACUACCAGAGGAUUGCAUUGAGCGCAACAAUAUACGAAGAUUGGCCACCAAGUACACUUUUCUUAAUGGAGAUGUUCUCUUCCGACGGUCCUUCGAUGCCAUCCUUCUCCGAGGUAUCGACACAAAAGGGGCAAAACAAGUACUUGAAGAAGUGCAUGCCGGGAUAUGUGGCUUUCAUCAGUCUGAUCUUAAGCUCUAUGAACGGAUAUACAGAUUGGGCUAUUAUUGGCCAUCAAUGGUUACAGAUUCGUUAUCCUAUGACCAAGAGGUGCUAAGUGUGGCAGAUACAUUCAAACUUCAUUCAUAA